AUGGCGACCACUUCCUCCGGCAAAGCUAUUCCCAGAAUCGAGGACCUCAUCUCAUCAUACUCGAUCCUCACCUCCCUAGCUCCAUGGCUCUCAACCCUUGACCUCUAUCAUCUCAGUCUGACAAGCAAGUCAGCUUACGAGUAUAUCCAAUCGUCACCGGUGAUCUUCAAGUCACUCAGUCGUCAGUGCCUCUGCGAUGGUCGCGGUCUCGCUGCACGUCAAGCCUAUGCAAGUCCCUAUCACCGAAACCGCAUGGCGGGUCAAUCAACGCUGAGCCCUCAUCUCACGGGUGAUGAAGAGAUCGAAGUACGAUUAUACCACACCAAGUGUGAUGAGACGGGUGCCUUGCCAUGUUUGAAAUGCGGUAUCAACGUCUGUGAAGAAUGCCGUUGUUAUCCCCGUGCAGCUCCGCCAAGUGCAUAUCCGAAUCGCCGACCGCACUUGAGAGGAAGUUAUGAGCUUGAUAACAUUAUCUGUUUGUGUGAGGAUUGUGACGCGAAAACUGAGAAAGAAGUCGUAGGGAAGUUUUUGAACGAAAGAUGUGAUUGCGAUGUCUAUACGAGAUGGAUCUGCGUCAGAUGUGAAGAGGAAGAGCGCAAGACGUCGCGGAAGUAUUUUGCGGAACGAACAGAGAUGGAGUGGAAUUGGAUUGUGAGGGAGGAUAUGGACUACGGAGAUGAUUUCGAGCCCUCAAAGACGCUUCAUGAUCAUGCGUUUGAACGAGCAGUAUGA